AUACCGGAAAAUGCCGCCAAACUUUGAAUAUGCGCUAGCACCAGCACCUACUUUGUAGUGAUAUACAUACAUGAAUACGUUUAUUUACUGCGCAGUUUGCGACUUUUCGCUCAAUUCAAACAAAUAUUUCAUCAAAAUUUAUCGUAGCCCUGGACAACUUGCCUCUACCCGGCGCUAUGGCCUGGUUUCGUAAGACAGAGGAGGCAAACCGUGAAAAGGGCCCGCAAUCAUCGGAAAGCCGAAUCAGUGAGCCCCAACUGCCAGCGACUGCAGAGCGGGAGGCUGAAAAAGAAGAAGACGACGAUCAAGCAGAAAGCGAUCUUACAACACCGACUUCACCGUCCAAGGAAACAGGGUUAUUCAAUUCAAGAUUUCAGGGACUAUUAGCCCCGGUCUUUACUUGUUUCAAGGACGAUGAUCGUAGAUCUCUGGACGUGCGUCCCAUCAAUCGGUAUGCGGAAUGGCUACGCAGUCAAAUGAUUUCGGGAGUCCUAAUCAAUGGCGUCGUCGGCGAGGGUCCAAUGAUGCGUGUGCGCGAACGCAAGGCGAACUGCGAAUAUUGGCAGCGUGCCGCCGUCCGGCAUAAUCUGAUGAUAAUGGUUCAGGUAGGUGGAGCGCCGCUGCCCGAUGUCCUCUCGCUGGCCUCCCACGCCGAGCUGGUACGCGUUAGCGGCGUUGUCACACUACCUGAGCUUUUCUAUCGUCCGCACAAUGUGGAUCAAUUGGUUCAAUAUUGCCUGAAUGUUUCCAGUCGUUGCCCAACCCGACCAUUCUUCUACUACCACAUGCCCUCGAUGACGGGCGUGGAGCUAGAUAUGGUUGAGUUCUGCUCGAAGGCCGAAAAGUGCAUACCGAAUUUUAUGGGUCUUUACUAUGCCAGCGCCGAUCUGGAGAUGGGUCAGCGCUGUUUGCGCUUCGGACGUGUCGUCAUGCUGGCAUCCACGGCCUUGCUGGCCAGCGGCCUCAUGUCCGGCUUCAAUUGCAGCAGUCUGGUCGUUGUCAACAUUCGCCCCGAUCUGGUGCACAGGAUUUGCGACGCCUUCGACGACAACGAGCUGCAGCUGGCCAGGGACGUUCAGAGGGAGCUAAAUCAACUCAUCGAAAUACACACGCACGACUGCCAAAUGGAGUACUGGGUGGUUUCCAUGAAGAAUUGGUUUAACAAAGAGUUCGGCUCACGGCAAGUUGGCAACUUUUGCGCUGGCCCGGCACGGAUUAUACGCUAGGAUCACUUUCACUUCAACUGUUCAAAUAAUGCAUAUUGUGUAUCAAAAUUGUAUCAGCAACUUUUAUGGUGACUGGACCGAUUGACUGAUGGACGGACUGAUUUCUGUUGAUUACUCGAAGCAAGAUAGGUAAUGGGGUAUGUCUGUAGAUCUCUAUAGAGAUUGAAGGCUGAAGGUCAUGGAAACUAAAUCAAAAAUUUUGUUUUUAUGGCUUUCCCUAUUCCAGAUAUUUUCCAAUAUCAAAUAUAAAUAAGCACACACAAACAUAUU